AGCCGCUGACGUCAUGCAGUUGGAACUGGGUGGGAUGUAUGCUAGGCUGGCUGGGUCGCGAGGGUGCUGAAGCUCUCGAUUUCCCUGCCAACUUCUCCUCCGAGUCCUAGUCCCACUCUGCUUGGCUCCAUCCCCAGCUUCAAUCUCAUUAACAGACAACUGCCAAGAAACAUACACAUCUUAAAGUUCUGCGCAGGAGGAGGCCGAAGGACAAACAAACAAACAAACAAACACAACAUCCAUCGCUCUCAUUGCCUCCUCCGCAAUCACAUCCAGAAAAAUCCCCAUCGACCACACACCCACCUACCCAUCUCAACAAAAAAAAAAGAAAUCAAAUCAAAUCUUAAUAAAUGGCUCCCCCGAAACCUUCCCUGCGGAUCGAUGGCGAAUCUACCCCACUGAUCCAAGACCUCGAAGCAACUCGGUCGACCUCUAACUCUGGAUUGUUUGCUCAUCACAUCCCUAACAACUUUCAUCCUCCCUCACCCUCUAUGUCUCCAGGUGGUGCUUCAAAGAUCUUCUUUGGCGCAAACGCACCAACAGACGUCCAAUCGUUGAAAAACUUCAUCUGCAGUUCAUAUGUCAACGUCCUUCUUGUCGCCGUCCCACUCUCCUUCAUCUCCCAUUUCCUCCACUGGGGAUCGAUGGCCGACUUCAUUAUCUCCUUCAUUGCCAUCAUCCCGCUGGCAGGUCUUCUAGGUGAUGCUACCGAACAGGUAGCUCUCAAAGUUGGAUCCACACUGGGAGGACUGCUGAAUGCUACCUUUGGUAACGCAGUCGAAGCCAUCGUUGGAAUUGUAGCCCUCUCGCAGAACCAGCUCCGGAUCGUCCAAACCUCGAUGCUGGGCUCAAUCCUGUCCAACAUUCUUCUCGUCCUCGGCUGUUCCUUCAUCGCCGCAGGCUUCAAGUUCAAGGAGUCCAAGUUCCAAGCCACCGCUGCGCAGGCAUCGGCCUCCCUGAUGUUACUAGCCUGUAUCGCCCUCGUCAUCCCUGCUGCGUAUUUCUCAAGCUUCCUCGAUAAGAUCAACACUGGUCGUGGAAAUGCUGCCAUCCCGUCUGGUCAGGAUCUCGUCAACGGUCUGGCCUCAGGUCUUCAGUCCCACCACGAUAAAACAGAAUUCGCACACCAUGGCUUGCUGGUCAUCUCUCGCGGGACUUCAGUUCUGCUGUUGGCCAUGUACAUCCUAUAUCUCUACUUCCAGCUCAGCACGCAUUCAUACUUGUAUGAGGACUCGUCCUCAGAGCCCGAGGAGGAGGAGGCCCGCAUGAACUUCCGCACGGCGACCGGUGCCCUGGUCGGGGUGACGGUGGUGACUGCCUUCUGUGCGGAGUAUCUGGUGGACUCGAUCGACGAAUUCGCCCAACAGGCCGGGAUCCCCAAAGCGUUUAUUGGCUUGAUCCUGCUGCCUAUCGUCGGUAACGCAGCCGAACAUGUCACGGCGGUCUUUAUGGCGAUGAAGGGGAAAAUGGAACUCGCUAUCGGGGUCGCUGUCGGCAGUAGUAUCCAAAUUGCCGUCGGUGUUAUCCCUAUCAUGGUGAUUAUCGGUUGGGCGACCGGAAAAGAAUUGACUUUAUUUUUUGCAAACUUUGAGACGAUCUGUCUUGUAUUCUCGGUCCUCUUGACGACCCUGUUGAUCCAAGACGGAAAAAGUAACUACAUGGAAGGGGCGAUGUUGGUGUCGCUGUAUGUGAUCAUCGGGCUGGCCUUCUGGGUGUCCUAAAGAAGAAGAAGAAGAAGAAGACCCCACACGUCAACCAAAAAAAAACACAAACGGACGUAGUUUCUUGUCUGUAAUUGACCACGCAUUUCUUCACUACUACUACUACUGCUUUCUUUCAGAUUCAUUCUUUCUCCUUCUCUCUCAGAUUUUGGGCUCCCCCCCCCCCUCCCCUGUUUUACUCAACAAUACUUUCAUUGCGUUUUUUUUUUUUUCCUUUUUUGUCAAAACUCGUGUACACUUCUUCUUCCAUUCAUUUCAUUCCAUUUCUUCUUCUUCAGCCUGUACCUGUAUGUGUAUAUGUGUGUGAUUUCUUUGUUUUCUUUCCUUGUUCACAUUCUUGUUUUUUCUUUUUUUCUUUUUUUUGAGAGAGACAUACAUACACUCUUCCUGAUCAGGCCUUUCUUUUUUUGAUACAACUUGUAGAGAUAAUGCGAGAAACCUGUGGUAACAAUGCAUGCCAAAUGAG